AUGAAGAAAUCCGGGACUCAACGAUCUUAUAUAAUUUUAUCUUCCCUCUUUCUUUCUUUCUUUCCUUCUUUCUUUCUUUCUUUCUUUCUUAAUAUCACUCCGUUUAAUCCUCCUUCCUUUUCCAUAAUAUCACACUUUCUCUUAUUCUUUCUUUUGUUCUUAUCUUUUUUCUUUCUUUCUUUCUUUACUUCUUUCUUUCUCUCUUCUUUGAUAUCACUUCGUUCUUUUUUCUACAACCUGUAUUGUUUGUUUGUUUGGUUGUUUGUUUGUUUCUUUCUUUCUUUCUUUCUUUCUUUCUUUCUUUCUUUCUUUCUUUCUUUCUUAAUAUCCCUCCAUUUCGUUUUUCUUUCUUUUCCUUACUAUAAUUAUUUCUUCAUGCUUUUUUUUUCUUUUAGUAGUUUCUUACUCUUAUCCUUCUUAUUGUUUGCUAUUUCUCUAUUUUCUUUUUCCUUUCAGUUUUUUUUAGAAUUGCUCAACUUAUUUUUCUUUCUUCUUUCUUUCUUUCUUUCUUCAACCGUUUUUAUAUUCUCAUUUCUAGCACUAUCUUCAUUUUCUUUUUCUUUCAUUCGUAUUUUCCUAUUGUUUAUUCGUCAACUUCUUUUAUUGUGUUGCUGUUGUCCAUUGUUUUUUCUUUCUUCCUUCAUCGCUUUUCUCUCAAUCUUUUUUUUUCUUAUAAUUUCUGCUUCCCCCUCGUUUUCUUCUUCUUCUUCUUGUUCUUGUUCUUGUUCUUCUUCUUCUUCUUCUUCUUCUUCUUCUUCUUCUUCUUCUUCUUCUUCGUUGAUUUACUUCUUUUGGGAUACAGACGACAAUUUAUCCAUCGCACCAUCGAUCUAUCUAUCUAUCUAUCUAUAG